AUGUCAUUCAAAGUUUCGGCCCGCACUUUGGCCCUCGGUGCGACGUGGAAACCAUUUACACUAGACUACAUGGAUAACGCUGCAGUAAUACGCGGCGGCAGAUGCCAGGCCUGCAUUUGCCGUCGACCUGUCACAAGCGACCCCAUCUGCAACCGCUUGACGACUCUGGGCCCGCCUUGGUGUAGCACCAUGUACCUACCAGACGAUGCCAUGCAAAAGCCCAACAUGCAGACGGCCUGCAGCCAGCUAAGCAGAGGCGUAAUAGCGCAAGCGACAAAGCAUUGCGCCGUCAAUGCGCCCCCACAAAACCACCGCUGCCGUCUUGCCAGAGGAGAAGAAGACGUGUUAAUAUGUCCCGUCUGCCGUGCCGCAGCACCAGCCUCGCCAAUCACAAUCCAUGCCAUGCCAACGCAAACAUUCCCUCCUGCUGAUGCUAUCCUUAACCACGGCUCACAGUCUUCUUCUCUUUUGCUUCGCCUCGCUUCUCCUCCCGCCUCCUCGCCUCCUCGCCCGCCAACCUACGCAUGUACAUGUGUAGCAAGCUUUCGUCUACUAGACGUCAAGCUGCACUGGCCUGCCACACGGCCCGUCACUACGGCAAGGGUUGCGCUCCUUACACUGACGAUCCAGAGCCACCAACCGUUCUGA